AUGGUAACGCUACUCGUUCAAAUAACUGGUUUUACUUUACUGUUCUCUAUGAUGCUGAAGGCAACCAAUAACUUCUCCAUAAACAAUUUAAUUGUUAGAGGUGGAUUCGAGGUUGUUUAUAAGGGUGUUUUGUCUGUUGGCUAUGUGGUUGCUGUUAAACAGCUUAUAGAAUCAGAGUUUGAAGGGACGGAUGACUUUUGUAAUGAAGUUGAGAUCAUUAACACUUUGAGGCAUCGAUGUCUUCUUCCAUUUAUCGGGUGUUGUAUUCGUGGUGAGGAGUGUGAUAAUCAAAGAUUCCUUAUCUAUGAAUACAUGUCAAAUGGGAAUCUUGACAACCAUUUGUUUUCAUCGAUGAGUGAAAAAACACGAUUAACAUGGUCUCAAAGAAAGAACAUAAUCUUGGAUGUGGCUAAAUGUUUAGCUUAUCUUCACUAUGGACUGAAGCCUACCAUUUAUCAUAGAGGCAUCAAACCUACAAAUAUACUUCUAUAUGCCAAUAUGAGAGCUCGAGUGGCAGAUUUCAGAUUAGCCAAGAAAAGUAGAGAAGGGCAGUCACAUCUAACCACUAGAGUUACGGGAACCCAUGGCUAUUUAGCGCCAGAAUAUGCCAUCUAUGGUCAAUUGACUUAG